AUGGAUGUUAAAUUUGUACCAGAAACUGGAAGGUGGCAUAUCUUUUAUUUCUCUGACAAACACAACAAUGAUCUAUUGGAUACACAAUUCAGUGCUAUGUUGCCUGCCCACAGAAAAAUGUCAGAGGCAGAUAUUAUGCAAAUGAUGAACAUGCUAAAGUCAGGGAUUAGCACUUCACAGAUAUUUGGUCUUCUAGCUAGUCAAGCAGGCGGGUAUGAAUUUGUUGGCUAUGGUCCCAGAGAUAUGUACAAUGAGAUUGCUCAGCAAAGGCGUCAAAUUCCUGGUGAUGCAGCACGAGUGUUGAAGAAGUUGGAGGCUAUGCGGUUGAAGGAUCCACAAUUAUAUUUCAAGGCAUGUCAUGAUUCAAGAGGUUUGUUACGUAACUUGUUCUGGUCUGAUGGGAUUAGCCAACUAGACUACCGACUCUUCGGGGAUGUUAUUGCUUUUGAUGCUACGUACAAGAAGAACAAGUAUAGUUGUCCAUUAGUCAUAUUCAGCGGGGUUAACCACCACAACCAAACAAUUAUUUUUGCUGCUGCGUUAGUUGUGGACGAAACUACUGAUACAUAUAUUUGGCUCCUGCGUCAGCUCAUGUUUGCAAUGAAGGACAAGACCCGACCUCAAUAA